CGAGGCGACCGGUCAAGAUCCACUUUGACGGUGUCUCGAGCUCCGCGGAGUCAGGAAUUGGCCUGUCAAACCCGCCAACAGGCAAGAGCGGUAACCGCUCGAGUAUUCGGGCUGGACGAUGCAGAGAGGGGCGAGCGAACCUUUCGUACCUACAAGUGUACCUGGGUACCUUAAUAACAUGCAGUUGGGUAUCUAUGGCGCAGGCAGGUAGACAACGAUUAACGCGCGCAUUGUUUGCGUAGCAAUGUUUGUGCAGUAUUUGACGCGAGCUACUCAAUCGGACAGGCUGUUCAACAGGUCUGCAAGUGAUCUGUCUGAAAUCGCCCAGGAGACAAGA